UCAGACCGACUGAAGUCCAAAAGAUGAGUGAUUGUGUGGAGGAAGAGGAGGACAGGGCAGAGUCUCCAGGACCCAGCUGUCUGUCCUUGAAGAGUGACCAGUCCAAAGGGAAACUACCAUUCUUCAGUGAUGAACCUGGACCCUCAGACUCACAUCAGGACGUCCUGAAGGAUCCAGUCUCUACCAGCUGUGGACACUGGUUCUGCAGACAGUGCAUCACCUCAUACUGGGACCAGUCUGGUUCUUCAGGAGACUCCUCCUGUCCCCAGUGUGGACAAAGACCCAGAACAAGACCUGGACUGCAGACAGCCAGUCAGACCAGCACUGAACAAACAGAUAGUGGUCUGCAGGAGGUUUUAGAUCAACAUAAGAUCAGUCUGAGCACCAGAUGUGAACAUGUGACUGAAGGAACUGAUGGAACAGGAAGUGGAACCCUCCUCAACAGGAUCUACACUGAGCUCCACAUCACAGAGGGACAGAGUGAAGAGGUUAAUACCCAACAUGAGGUGAGGCAGCUGGAGACAACUUCCAAGAUGGAGACCCUCCAUGACGCUCCAAUCAGGUGCCACGACAUCUUUAAAGUCUUAGCUGACCAGCAGAGACCCAUCAGAGUGGUUCUGACCAACGGCGUCGCUGGCGUUGGAAAAACCUUCUCGGUGCAGAAGUUCUCUCUGGACUGGGCAGAGGGCUUGGAGAACCAAGAUGUCAGUCUGCUGGUUCUGCUUUCGUUCAGGGAGCUGAACCUGAUCAGAGAUCAGCAGUACAGUCUUCUCAGGCUGCUCCAUGUUUUCCAUCCAACAUUACAGAAUGUCACAGCAGAGCAGCUCGCUGUCUGUAAAGUUCUGUUCAUCUUUGACGGCCUGGAUGAAAGCAGACUGUCACUGGAUUUCAACAACAGGAAGUCUGUGUGUGAUGUCACACAGGAGUCAUCAGUCAACGUGCUGCUGACAAACCUCAUCAGGGGGAAUCUGCUUCCCUCGGCUCUCGUCUGGAUAACUUCCAGACCUGCGGCGGCCAAUCAGAUCCCUCCUACAUGUGUGGACAGGGUAACAGAAGUACGAGGCUUCACUGACGCCCAGAAGGAGGAGUACUUCAGGAGGAGAUCCAGUGAUGAAGAGCUGUCCAGCAGAAUCAUCUCACACAUCAAGACGUCCAGGAGCCUCCACAUCAUGUGUCAAGUCCCAGUCUUCUGCUGGAUCACUGCUACAGUUCUGGAGCACAUGUUGACCACAGACCAGAGAGGAGAGCUGCCCCAGACCCUGACUGACCUGUUCUCACACUUCCUGCUGGUUCAGACACAGAGGAAGAAGAACAAGUACCAUGAGGGACGUGAGACGAGUCCACAGGAGCUGACGGAGGCUGACGGGGAAGUUCUUCUGAAGCUGGGGAGGCUGGCGUUUGAACAUCUGGAGAAAGGAAACAUCAUGUUCUACCAAGAAGACCUGGAGCAGUGUGGUCUUGAUGUCACAGAGGCCUCGGUGUACUCAGGACUUUGUACUGAGAUCUUCAGAAGAGAGAGUGUGAUCUUCCAGAAAACAGUCUACUGCUUUGUUCAUCUGAGCGUUCAGGAGUUUCUGGCUGCAGUCUACAUGUUCCACUGUUACACCAACAGGAAGACAGAGGUCCUGAAGGGCUUCCUGGGAGAAGACUAUAAACACUGGAACUCAAACCCAGAGUCUCUUUUCGGGAAGAUUUCUAAGAUUUUUGGCAACAAUGAUAGCCGAGAUCCUUCUCUGGAUGACUUCCUGAGGAGAGCCAUGGAGAAAUCCCUCUACAGUAGAAACGGUCACCUGGACCUGUUUGUUCGCUUCCUUCAUGGCCUCUCUCUGGAGUCCAACCAGAGGCUCUUAGGAGGUCUGCUGGGUCAGACAGAGAACAGUCCAGAAACCAUCCAGAGAGCCAUCACCAACCUGAAGAAGAUGAACAGAGAUGAUAUCUCUCCUGACAGAAGCAUCAACAUCUUCCACUGUCUGAUGGAGAUGAAGGAUCACUCAGUUCAUCAGGAGAUCCAAGAGUUCCUGGAGUCAAAGAACAGAUCAGAAAAGAAACUCUCUCUGAUCCAGUGCUCAGCUCUGGCCUACAUGCUGCAGAUGUCAGUGGAGGUUCUGGAUGAGUUGGACCUGGAGAAGUUCAACACAUCAGAGGAGGGACGACGGAGACUGAUCCCAGCUGUGAGGAACUGCAGGAAGGCUCGACUUUCUGGCUGUCGACUCUCAGAGACUCACUGUGAAAAUCUGGCCUCAGCUCUGAGGUCCAACCCCUCCCACCUGAGAGAGCUGGACCUGCGUGGAGAAUACAACCUGCAGGAUUCAGGAGUGAAGGUCCUGUCUGCUGGAUUGGAGAGUCCAAACUGUAGACUGGAGACUCUGAGACUGUGGUUCUGCAGGUUGUCAGAGAUCAGCUGUUCUUCUCUGGUCUCAGCUCUGAAGUCCAACCCCUCCCACCUGAGAGAACUGGACCUGAGUGGAAACAAGCUGCAGGAUUCAGGAGUGAAGCAGCUGUGUGGUUUUCUGGAGAGUCCAGACUGUCGACUGGAGACUCUGAGACUGAUGGACUGCAGUUUGUCAGAGAUCAGCUGUUCUUCUCUGGCUUCAGCUCUGAAGUCCAACCCCUCCCACCUGAGAGAACUGGAGCUGAGUAGAAAUGAUCUGCAGGAUUCAGACCUGAAGGAGCUGUGUGAUCUUAUGGAGAGUCCAGACUGUCGACUGGAGACUCUGAGAUGGGAAUCAUGUAAACUCAUCUUAGAGUCAGUGGCCUCACCAUUUCUGCUGCCAUCUCUGUAAGACCCUGAGUCUUCAGAAAGCAAUGUGUGUGUUGAGAGAGGAUGAGCUGUGUCCUGAUGAUCCAGAUGUUGAAGCCGCAGCAGCUGGUGUGUACAGAGGAUCUGAUUGGACCAUGUUACUGGGAGGUGGAGAGGAGAGGAGAGGAGAGCUUCAUCCAGCAGUGACUGACAGAGGAAUCAGAAGAAGUGGAUAUGAAUCUCAGUUCUGAAGUCUGAACUGAUCUGAGAACAGCUCCACUGUCACACACAGAGUCCAGUCCACCAUCAUCCCUGUGUGUUCUUCUGGACCUGACAGACCAUCACCAGCGUCUCUGGACUGAUGCUGCUGCUGCUCUGUCCUUCUCCACAAUCUCUGCAAACCUUGAGACUCCUUCAGAUGGAGAGGAGAUAUGACUUCAGCUGCUAGUUUGUUGUCUUGAACAGCAGGUGGUGCUGCUGCUGCAUCAGCUGAGAUUCAAACAGUGUGUUUUUGUCUCAUUUGCACUCAGACAGAAAUCACACAAGGAGACAAGCUGGGUUCAAACCUGUGACAUGGACACAACUAAUACACAUCAACAUCGACAUCAAGUUCAGCUGCCAAGACAGGAAGCUGUGACAUUUUAUUUCUUUCUUUAAUUCUUUUAAUCCAGUUUCCUCUGUUCUGGUUCAUGUAUUCAUCUAAAAUCACAGUGUUUGUGUCUGCACAUGCAUUUUAAAGUAAAGCACAUAAAUAAAUUCAGUUGUCAUUGACAGACAGACAGAUAAAUGAACAGGUUUCUCUGUGGUCUGGAAAGUCUUCAAGUGAAAUUCAUAGAUCCAGGGAAAAUCUUUUAGUACUGUGUUGUUAAAAGUAAAAUAUAAAGAUUUUAACACAUUAUUACAGACGCUUUUACUCUCUGAAAUAUUAUAUUUCCUGUUCAAGCUCUGAUCAAAAUGGUGGUUUAAUUGAGGUUUAACAUCUUUGGCAAGAAUUUACAAACGAAUGAAAAACGUCUCUUUGAAACAAAAGAUCUAAACAAACUUAAAAUGGGACGUUUUCAUCAGAUACAGAGCAGUGAGUGCUUUUCCACCUGUUAACCUACAGAUGGCGCUGUAGUGUAACAUUUGACAGACUGGCAGUAGGUGGCAGAACAUCCCAGUUCCUCAUAUGAGAAGAUGCUGAGAUCAUGUGUUUUAUAUUGUUUUUACUGUUAUGUUCUGUGCACACUCAAUCUCUUUUUAUUUUAUUUGUUUAUUUAUUCUAUUUUCAUUAUUCUGUUUUGUCACAGGCAAAAACAAGGUUUCUAAUUCAUGUUGACAUUACUGUUUCAUGAUGAUGAUGAUGUAGUUCAUCACUUUUUUUUGCUGUUUUUGCAUUUUGAGCUUGAAGAAAGUUUUUCUGUUCUCCAAGUUGCACUUACUU